UGGUCCUGAGAGAGACGUCGGUGGCCUUUUUGCGGAUGUUUGCUUGCCCGCUUUAAAUUCCUCAUCCUUCGGUCCGUCUUUCGCCUUUUGAUAUCGCUUUCAUCGUAUGCACCAGCAAGAAGAGCUAUAACGCUCAGAGGAAAUGGCUGCGCCAGGUCGUCUCGUCCUUGUGGUUGUGUUUCUAUUGGGCUUCCUUUUUUACGAAAUUUUCGUCGGAUUGCUAGAAGAAAGCCGAGUGCCCCGACAGAGGAGCCCCGUAGACCCGUCCCUGGCCGACGUUCAGAGCUCGUGGCGGUCCUUCAACUACAAGAAGUUGGAGGUGCCCUCCAACAUCAUCUUGGACGCCACCAGCGUGACGCCUACCACCGGAAAGGUCUCCGUUAAUGGCCUCGAGGUCUUCUACAGGGAAGUGAGGCCCGAGGACGAGAGCCCCUACGUGAGUGUGCUCCUACUGCACGGCCAGGCGUUCAAGUCGGAGACUUGGCAGACCCUGGGUACCCUGGGUGUGCUCUCCCGCCUGGGCUACCGCGCCGUGGCCAUAGACAUGCCAGGCUUUGGCAACUCCCCUCCAGGCAAGAUCGAGGACCCAGUGGAGUUUGUGGCGGGGCUGCUGUCGGCGCUGCAGCUACACAACCCGGUGAUUGUGAGCCCGAGCCUGAGCGGGCGCCUAAGCCUGCCAUUCCUCGUGAGCCGCUCCAAGCAGCUGGCGGGCUUCGUGCCCGUGGCACCCGUGGGCUGGGACGUGCUGCUGGGGGUGACGUGCUCCGGCAAGGGGAUCGGCCGCAACGAGGUGUACACCCCGCUCCAGGUGCACCUGCCCGACACCAUACCCAACCUGAGCUGCAUCGAGGUUCCCACGAUGGUCGUGUUUGGCGAGCACGAUCGGAGCACGAGCUCAGCGCUGCUCCACCUGCUUCCCCGGAGCACGGCUGUGGAGAUCCCGCACGGCCGGCACCCGGCGUACCUGGACAACCCCAACCUGUGGCACCAGGUGCUCCACAACUUCCUCGCCAGGCUCUGCCACGAGGCGCAGCAGCAGCACGCCACCAAGGGCUGACGCGGAGGCCCGCUCUCUCGAUCCGCAGCCGUCCAUUCCGGCUUCGGAUUGGCCGUCCGCGCGUCGCCGGCCGAGCCGGAGGGUUGAGGGGGUGGCUCGUCCGUGUCGGUUUUUACGCCACAUUCGUUUUGUUACGUCCUGGGAUCGGUCUGUCGGGCCUCGCCGCCGCGAGGGUUUGGACGACGUCCUAGGCGUCGGGGCCGUGUUGUUUACAUUUUUUAGGUCGCCUCGCAAACGUCCAAUCGGUGCAGAGCACAGAUUGGACGUUUGGUGAGUGAGAAUGGGGGUUCCAGCCAUAUCUCAACGCAGCAACUGCGUUCGGUCCGGGCUUCGCAUUCACCUCCGGCAGGUUACGUAAAAAAUGCGACACCGCAGCCUCGUUCCCUAGAAGGCGUUGGUUCGGAUGGCGUACUUUUGCCAUAGUUUGUUUACAUUGGGAGCAGAGUUCCGGAAUUUCGGUUGACAGGUAUCUGCCACAAUCCGUUUCACCUUACGACAGAACACGGCGGACGCUACGAGCCACCCCGGCCAAUCCCGCGUCACAUGACUCUCGAAGGUCACGCGUCCAGUUCUAGCCCCAUCUGCCCGCACUCAUUGGACGAAAGAAUGCCGUUAUUGUGCGAACGUGCGUGUGCAUUUUUGAAGAGGUAUACGUCACAGUCUCUGCCCCUUUCCGGGGGGGAGGCUGCCGUUUUGAAGUUGGCCGAGCGUUACAGGUUCACUUUUACUAGGGGGAAAAUGAACUUGCCUGGGUGCUUGAGAUCCAUUCCGAGUGUCUUGUGACCACAACUACUUUAGAAGUACAGAAGAUGCAUCUUACAGAAACUAAAGGUGUGCAGUGUUUCCGGUAGCUGUCCAAAGAUGGCCGUACUUCGUCCAGUAAAUGAAAUCGUAGAAAACUGGCAGCUUCUUUUUUUUAAAAUGUAAUUCUACAGCAAAUAUCACUGAAGUAGGGAAAAAAGACUUCCGUAGUUGGCGUAGGACGUUUGGCGUCAAGGUUACCCUCAGACACAACAGUUAUCAUAUAGUACACUUUGCUAUUGUAGUAUGGAUUUGGAGAAUGUUACAUGUCAGUGAGCCCAGUCAGUGGCGUCACAAGUGGGGGGGGGGGGACCGCCCCGGGUGUAGGGCUCAGGGGGGUGUCGCGGCGGGCCACGAAAGCGGGGGGGGGGGGGGUCGCGGCGGGCUAGCGCCCUGGGUGCCGCUGACCCUCGUGACACCACUGAGCCCAGUUCCCCUUUCUAUUUAGGUUGUGACUGUGUAUUUGCUUUAUUGAGUAGGGUCGAUGAUUAAGAAAUUGCAUUUGUCCUGCAAACAAACUCACAUCUGAGGUUUCUGUGCGAGUGAACCGGAAGCAGAACUGCUAGUCUCCACAGGUCAUGAAAGUAUUCACAACCAACAUUGCUCUAUGUGCCUCGUCUCGUGGAUUUUUUAAUUUCUUUGGAGUUACGAGAAAGUACUAUGUUGCAUAAAAUAAGAAAAAAACUUUAUAUAUCUGUUAGUUUAUAUACCUUCGUUUCUGUGCAGCAAUUAAGAGUUUGUGCACAUAUAUAUUUUGAACCAAGUGCAAAGCAUUCUAGUGCCACGAAUGCAUUAUUUUUUAUCAUCCCAGGUUGGCAGGGGUGGUUUUUGAUCAUGUUGGAGGGUGCAAUAAAUUUAAAAGUGUUAUCUUUUGUAUGGAUGUACAAUUCAUGUUUCAAGUAAACAUACCUAUUUCAAAAAGCAA